AUGGCAUUGCUCGGGUUUGUCUUCGCCACUUUCACCCUCCAAACUUAUUUCAAGCUAUUGAAACAGUACUACACACCCCUCCAAUGGGCAGUGCUCUGCUCCAUCCCUCUCAGGGGCAUUCAAAAUACCCUUGUUGCAUUCUGGUCUCAACCUCUCCAAUUAGGCCUCGUGCAAACUCUUCUUGCUGUUCCUGUUGCUGUUUUCACGGUUCUUUUGGGUACCCUUGUUGAGAUCCGUGAAGCUUCUCUCAGCUUCAUUCUAAGGAAACCAAGGCCUGAGAACCACCCCACUAGGAGGCACAGUGGGUUUUCCAAUUUGCUUCGUUUGCUUUUGUGUUUUUGGAUAUUCAUCAUUGCUUAUGAGAGGCUUGGUGGUUUUGGAGCUAUGUCACUUCUAGUGUUGAGCUUUUUGUUCACCUCAGACAAUAUUGUUUCUGCUUUAUCUUAUUCCAGGAGCAGUAGCUUCAGGCGUAGUGCAAUAAGUGUUUCUAUCACGAGGGGGAUAUUGAAGAGGUUGAAAACUAUUGUGGCCGUUGGGCUGAUUGUUGGGUUUUUGACUGGGUUGAUUUUCUUCUCUUAUAAGAUUGGAGUUGAAGGGAAAGAGGCAGUGAUUUCUCUUAAAUUGUAUGUUGAAGAGAGCAAUUAUGCAGAGAGAAUUGGUGUGAAGAAGUGGUUGGCCGAGAAUGAUGUUGCUGGAAUGGUGGAUAGUUACACCAUCAAAUUAUAUGAGUCAGUGUCUGAUUUGGCUGCACGGUAUAAUAUGACUGCUGUCAAGCAUCAUGUGAUCACUCGUGAGGAUUUAGUUGAGAAGGCCAAAGGAUUUGCCAUAAAAGGAAUUGAAUCUCAAUGUUUUUUUGCUAGUAAUAGAACUGUGCUUGGAAGCAGUGCCAAAUUUAUUGCAAAUUCUAUAAUCUUUGGAGCUGCUGAGGUUUUCAAUUUUGUCUCUCAGUCAAUGGUAUUUCUUUGGGUUUUGUAUUAUCUCAUCACAUCAGAGUCCGGUGGAGUAAUAGAACAAGUGUUGUGCAUGCUUCCAAUUUCAAACUCUACUAGGGUCAGAUGUAUUCAAGUUUUGGAUAAAGCUAUUUCAGGAUCCCUUUUGGCCACAGCUGAGAUUGCACUUUUUCAGGGUUGUCUUACUUGGCUUCUAUUCAGAUUGUUCAAAAUACAUUUCUUGUACAUGUCAACUGUACUUGCCUUCAUCAGUACCCUGCUGCCAAUAUUUCCAUCUUGGCUUGCAACAAUCCUAGCAGCUAUGCAACUAGUGCUUGAAGGCAGAUACGUCGUUGCCGUUGUCUUGUUUGUGAUUCACCUUUUCCUCAUAGAUUAUGGGGCAUCAAAAAUUCUGGAAGAUGUGCCUGGGAAUAGAGCAUAUCUUACUGGGCUGAGCAUCAUUGGGGGAGUGACAUUGUUCUCAUCUGCUCUAGAGGGUGCUAUUAUGGGCCCAUUGAUAUUUGCAGUUAUGAUUGCUCUGAAGGAUUUGUAUGCUGAAUUUGUUUUGGGAAGAAACCAAGGAUAA